UCCUUUUCCGCUUUUCUCCAUCAGAAGCAGCUGUCUGACUGAAAGGAGAAGAGGAGAGGAGGAAGAAAUCAGAACGGAGGAGAGAAGGGCUCUCAUCUCCGACCAAGGCACGCCGCCUCUGUUUGUAUACAGUACGCUUCCCAGCCAGCGCAGCUUUUUCUUCCAGCCCUCCCUUGCUCUCUCUUCAUUGUUCUCUUCCCGGCGGUGGCGGUGGCGGCGGCAGCGGGAGCAGCCAGUCAAGAGGCUGUCACGACAGACGGAAGGGAAAAGAGCGAGCCUCUCCUCCUUUCUCCCUCUCCCACCCGCACACACCUACCAGCACUUGACUCUGCGAGCGGCGAGUAGGCUCGUGGCACUUCCGAAUUGCGCUCCCAGAUCUCCUCUUUAAUGUUAGGCGAGACGCAGAACCUGUCAGGAAAGGAGAAAAAAGAGUGAUAGAAAGAGGGAAGGAGGAAAAGGAGAGUUUUCCCUUUCUUGAGCCACAAGGCAGAAAGGUUUUCAUUCGACUAAAAAUAAUUUUAAGAAAUAGGUUUUAAUCGCCAAGUGGCUAGAUAGAAGGGCUCUUCCAUCCUUCCGCCCUGCUCUGCCUGCGCUAAACUCACGCCUCUUUUUUUUUUCAUCUACUUGGGAUCGUCCCUUGGGGGAUCCAAGGAUCAUGAGCCGCUGGGUAGCCGCCUGGUUCCUGUUGUGCUUGAGUCUCGAACCCCCUUCGUUCGCCAAAGGCGAUGCAUGUGACUCUAAUCCUUGUGAAAAUGGAGGCAUCUGUGUGUCUGGUUUGGAUGGUUUCUAUACUUGCGAAUGUCCUGAUGGCAUCACAGAUUCCAAUUGUUCUAAUGUUAUGGAGGUUGGGCCAUGUCUCCCUAAUCCCUGCCAUAAUGGUGGAACAUGUGAAAUCAGUGAAGCCUACAGAGGAGACACGUUCAUAGGCUACAUCUGCAAAUGUCAAGCUGGAUUUAAUGGAAUACACUGCCAGCACAAUGUGAAUGAGUGUGAAGCUGAACCCUGCAAGAAUGACGGUAUUUGUACAGAUCUGGUAGCUAACUAUUCCUGUGAGUGCCCAGGUGAAUUCAUGGGACGAAAUUGCCAAUAUAAAUGCUCUGGACCAUUGGGAAUAGAAGGAGGAAUCAUUUCUAACCAACAGAUUACUGCAUCAUCCACCCAUCGGGCUCUUUUUGGGCUCCAGAAAUGGUAUCCCUACUAUGCACGACUUAACAAGAAAGGUCUUAUAAAUGCUUGGACUGCAGCAGAAAAUGACAGAUGGCCAUGGAUUCAGAUAAACCUACAACGAAAAAUGAGAAUCACUGGAGUUAUCACACAAGGUGCCAAGAGAAUUGGAAGCCCAGAAUACAUUAAAUCAUACAAAAUUGCAUAUAGCAAUGACGGUAAAUUAUGGAGCACAUACAAAGUGAAAGGCACCUUUGAAGAUAUGGUUUUCCAUGGAAAUGUGGAUAAUAAUACACCUUAUGCAAAUUCUUUCACCCCGCCAAUAAAAUCUCAGUAUAUACGAUUGUAUCCUCAAGUCUGUAGAAGGCAUUGUACUUUGCGAAUGGAACUUCUUGGCUGUGAAUUAUCAGGUUGUUCUGAACCUUUGGGGAUGAAAUCAGGACAUAUACAGGAUUAUCAGAUCACUGCUUCCAGUAUAUUCAGAACACUCAACAUGGAUAUGUUCACAUGGGAACCCAGGAAAGCUCGACUAGACAAACAAGGCAAAGUUAAUGCCUGGACAUCAGGACACAGUGACCAGUCUCAGUGGCUACAGAUUGAUCUUCUUGUCCCUACAAAAGUCACUGGCAUCAUUACUCAAGGAGCUAAAGAUUUUGGUCAUGUUCAGUUUGUGGGUUCCUAUAAAGUCGCCUAUGGCAAUGAUGGACAACACUGGACCAUAUAUCAGGAUGAAAAGCAAAAAAAAGAUAAGGUUUUCCAGGGAAACUUUGACAAUGAUACUCACAGAAAGAACGUUAUUGAUCCUCCAAUCUAUGCACGGCACAUAAGGAUCCUUCCCUGGUCAUGGUAUGGCAGAAUCACUUUACGGUCAGAGCUUUUGGGCUGUACAGAAGAGGACUGAUGCAUAGAUCUGCACUUAAUAGCACAACUCUUGAUAUUUCUAAAUAUAUAUAAAUAUAUAUAUAAACUCCAUAGAAGAAACUGCAAAACCUGUAGGAAGUUGAAUGGGCUUUUCAUGAAUAAGUGCUCACUUUCUGGUAGGCUGUUCUCUUUUGUAAGGAAGUCUAAGCCUGCCCUUAAAAUGGUCCGAUUCUGAUGCAUAUUCUUACCUCUUUUUUUUUGUUCUUUUGUUCCCUUUUAAAUCUGCUCCAAUUAUUUCUCUGUUUUACUGUGAAAGUUCAAGUUCUCUUCUGAGUUGUUCUCAUUGGCUAAAAUGUGAUAAGAGAUAAAACAAAAAUGCCAUCAUUUUUGCAAGGGAAAUGAACAUGGUUUUACAGAGUUCAUUAGUAAUCUGAGAACAAGCUGAUGGAUGUCAUUAUUUCCAAACCCAUGCAGUCAUCUUACAAGUGAUACUGUGGCUUUAGCAAUAAGUUUUUUCUCGGGAAUGACUUCAUUUGAUUCUUUCCCUUGUGCCUAUCAUAUACUGUCAUGACAAAUGAUACUAUUUUUGAAAACAAAAAUCUGUGGUCUGCGGUCCUUCCGAUGUCACACACUACAUUUUGUAAUUUCUUUUAAAAGAGCUGAGUCCACGCACUUUAGAUUUCGUUUCCAGUUGUUUCGCUUUUCACUGAGCACAAUGGGAACAUUUCAUUGUCUUUUACAUUUAAUCCCAUUAACUGCUGCUAUUUAUUUUCGGUGAGCAAAGCUGAAUUUUAUAGGACAAAAUCUGUCAUUAUGAUUAAUAAUUACAUUAUGAAGUCUAUGAUUUUGUAAAUGAAUUCAGCUUACAGGUUUUUUCCCCCCAAAACAAUGCUGGGCUGACAAGUAUAUGGACCAAAUCUGAAGUUGAUUCUCAGUUAAAAGAAAGUUGCAUAAAUAGCUUAAUAUGGCC